AUGGAGCUGGACAUCUUCACUGCGGAAGGCUUUGAGGUGUUGGCGAGCUUUGCGCCGCUUGGCUUUUGGACCCACUCGGAAGGCUUGGAAGGCACUAGGCGCUGGUGGCCCAGCGCGGAGCACUACUUCCAAGCGGGGAAGUUCUGGACUUGGGAGCUGCAGGAGCAGAUCCGCCAGGCGCGGGAGCCGGGCAUCGCCAAGCACCUGGGCCGCACUUUGGGCCCCCUGCGCUCGGACUGGGACGAUGUGAAGCGGGCCCGGCUGCACCGAGCCUUGCUGGAGAAGUUGUGGGCGCACUCUGCGGCCCGAGAGGUGCUGCUGAGCAUUCCUGCAGGCACCCGCAUUGUGAACGGCAAUACGGUGGACGUUUUCUUCGGCACUGGGCCGGAUGGGUCCGGGCUGAAUGUCAUGGGCCAAGAGUUGCAGGCAUUGAGGUCUUUCUUUGAAGAGCACCAGCGGCGCUGGGAAGUGCCCGUCGAAGUGGCAGAAAUUGGCGAGCCCUUUGAUCCACGGUCCAUCUUCGUAGAUUUGACAGGGGUGAUGCCAGCAGAGACAACUGCCUUGGUAUCCGAUGUGCUGGGCAUUGACGUAGAAGCGAUUGAAACUGUCGACUUUGUUUACGAUGGAGGCUUUGAAAGGGCUGCAGUCAUGGACUUUCAAGAAGCAAGCGAUAUGGAGUGUUUCCUUGCUCAAAACUUUGAGGAUUGCAAGCUAGAGGUGCGCUUGGUGCAGCAAGCUGUUGUCACACUUUGGAACGCAACAGAGGAUAGCUACCUGGGGCGGGCUGACGUGUGUCAUCUUUGCCAGUCUGCAGCGAAGAUUGAGAGUCGCCUGAGGGAGGUACUUCCUUUGUUGCGGCAUGCGGACUUCAAGCCCAGGAUCACCGUAGCCAUUGAUGGUGAUCCCGAGCAGCCACUCACGAAUUCCAUUCUGCGGCUGGCGUGCGUGGCUGCAGCCAAGGGAGGUGAUGUGUUAAUCAAUGGCUACUAUACUUUGCCCACCAGACACGUGUUUUCACUGGCAGCCCCAGCUGCUGAGUCACCACUUGUCCAUUGUGGCUCUCACACCGAGCUUUCUGCUGUUGAGCUGGCCAGCCGCAUUCGAGGCAUGAUUUGGGGAGCAGCCCUAGGUGAUGCCGUGGGCCUGGCAACAGAGUUCAUGGACAGAUCUGAAGCAGCAAAGGCGUACCCCGAUGGGUGCCUGAGCCCGACAAGCCGCAUUCAGGACAAGCAUCGCAAGCGCUGGUUGCCAGGGGACUGGACAGAUGACACCGACCAAUUGGUCCUUUUGCUGGAUGCCAUCGUUGCAGGGAAGGGGCUUUUCGAUCCCAUGUCUUUCUCAGCCGGCCUGAAGCGCUGGUGUGCUUCGGGCUUUCCAGAGCUUGGCGAUUCUGCAGGCCUGGGAGUGGGGCAGACGGUAAAGUCGGUGUUGGAGCAUGUGGCCUUUGAUGUAGCUCCAGAGGUUGCUGCGGAUGCCAUUUGGAGGCAAAGUGGCUGCUCACUGGCAGCAAACGGAGCUAUCAUGAGAUGCGCAGUGGCAAGCAUUGGUUGCUUUUGGGAUGAUCAGGUUGUGUCAUUCAAUGCAGCUGCCUCAGCUGCUGUCACACAUGCCGACCCAAGAUGCGCCAGCAGCUGCGUCUGCAUUGCCUUGUUGCUGGCUCGUGUGCUGAUGGGCUGCGAAAUGUCCAGCCCGGCCCAGCGUCGUGAGCUGGCAGUUGCGUCCGCACUCCAGUCCGUUGGCUACUUGGCCGGCGGCGACUGGGACGAGCUCCUGCGCCAUGUCAACGUUGAGGCCAGCGGCCUGCGAGGUCUGCAGCUGGGGGGCGGGGGCAUCGGCUACACCUACAAGCCCCUGGGCGCGGCCUGCUGGGCCUUCCAGCACGCUGAAGACUUCCGCGAGGCCGUGCAGGCUAUAGCCAUGGAGGCUGGAGAUGCAGAUUCUAACGCCACGGUGGCGGGAGCGCUGUUGGGGGCACGGCUGGGCUAUUCUGCGCUACCGGCAGUUUGGCUCAGCGAAAUGCUCCCAGCCCAGCGGGACUGGCUGAACGCCAAGAUUGACACCUGCCUAGCAAUGCUGGGACUGUCCUAG